AUGAAGAGAGAGGAGAGACAGCGAGAACAUGAGAGUAAAAAGUUAGAGGCUGAGGAAAGAGAACGUAUACGGCUACGAGAACUGGACGAAAAGGAAAAGGAACGACAAAUGGGAGAAAGAGAAAAAGAAGCUCAGAGGAGACAUGAACUAGCAAUGAAAGAACUGGAAUUACAGAGUGCGAAUGUUGAGGUAAAUAGUGCUAGUAUUAAAUCGGCUGCUAAGUUACCUAAACUACCCGGCAACGUUUGUCGAUGGUAAAGAUAACUUGGACAGUUAUCUGCAAAGAUUCGAACGGUUUGCUAAGAACAAUAAUUGGGACCAAUCAACACGGUCGACUUCGCUUAGUGCAUUGCUUACUGGUAGAGCUUUAGAUGUUUAUUCGAGACUAUCUGAGACAGCCGCAGUUGAUUACAAGCAGCUGAAAGAAGCCCUUUUGUAA